AUGAGGGGAGGUACGGGGCAGAAGUUUGAGGAGGCAGCAACCGUGAUUGCGGGCGUCGCGUCGAUUGCUGCGACGCUGAUGUCGAUUGUGUCGAUAUGGCUACAGACCAAGAACUACCGAAAGCCGCUGUUGCAAAGAUAUGUGGUUCGCAUCCUGCUCAUGGUCCCUAUCUACUCGAUUUCGUCCUGGACCAGUAUGGUCUCCCAGACAGCAGCCGACUUUCUCGACCCCGUUCGGGAUAUCUACGAGGCUUUCACAAUCUAUACGUUUUUCCAGUUGCUAAUUAACUACCUCGGCGGUGAACGCGCCCUUAUCAUCAUGACCCACGGCCGCGAGCCGGUACACCACCUCUGGCCCCUAAAUCACGUCCUCUCGCCUAUCGACAUCUCCGAUCCCCACACUUUCCUCGCUAUCAAGCGUGGCAUCCUCCAGUACGCAUGGCUCAAACCGAUUCUCGCGCUAGCCGCUAUCAUCAUGAAGGCGACAGGCACGUACCAGGAGGGAUACAUCGGUCUCAGCUCGGGUUACUUCUGGAGCGGAAUCAUUUACAACAUUAGCGUCACCGUCAGUCUCUACUCGUUGGGUCUGUUCUGGGUCUGCAUGCAUAACGACCUCAAGCCCUUCCGGCCGGUGCCCAAGUUCCUCUGCAUUAAGCUCAUCAUCUUCGCAUCCUACUGGCAGGGGUUUUUUCUCUCUAUUUUGGUGUGGCUGGGCGCACUACCUGACCAAGUUGAAGGCUAUACCCCGGACAAUCUUGCCGCCGCUAUCCAGGACUUUUUGAUCUGUGUCGAGAUGCCCGGGUUCGCCAUUGCUCAUUGGUAUGCGUUUUCGUGGCAUGACUUUGCGGACAACAGAAUCGCCACGGCCAGGAUGCCGGUCCAGUACGCAGCCAGGGAUGCUUUUGGUAUUCGGGAUCUGAUUCAGGAUUCAAAAGAGACAUUCUCUGGGGACAAGUACGGCUACCGCAUUUUCGAUUCUGGGGAUAAAAUCAUGGCACAUGAGGCUUCGCGGUCACGGUUAGCUCGGAUCAAGGAUGGGAUGCGGUACGAACGAGGCGGCAAGGGGAAGUACUGGAUUCCUCGGCCAGACGAGAUCAACCAGACAACACCGCUGCUAGGGGCGAACGGCGGCCCUAGCAGGAGAAACGGGUCACUCUCCCCGCACACGGAUAGCCAUGAGGAGCUUAUCCUGGACCCUGAUGAGGAGCGCUUGUAUGAGAGUGCGAGGAAACUCGAGUACGGUGACUGGAACUAUCCGGUCAUUACCGCAAGUGAGCCAGCCAGCGCGCGGUACAUGUCGCCACAUCCAAGCCUCUACCAGAACACGCCCACUGGAAGUUUCUAUAAUCGCGCCUCAUCAAACUCAGUCCCAAGCCUAAAUCCGGAUGCUCCGCUGGAGAGACGCAAAAAGCAGGCACCUGAAGGCGCUCAAGCAGGAGCUGGUGAUAAGAAGGGAAAGAAGAGGGCGGUUGCUGAUGCUCAACGCGCCAGCUCGCCUCACGAGGGGGGCGCGGACCCGCUUGAAAUUGCAUAUGGUCCAACAGUUGGGACACAUACAAAGCUUACCGAAGACGACUUCCAGGUUGACACUAACAGCGGGCCGCACAAGCCUCAUCAAGAGUCUCCACAAUCGGCUCGACAGAAUCACCCCGGGCAAACCGAAUCCCCUGCGAACGAACAGUCCGGGGGCUGGGAGGGCGAGGAUGAGGAGAACAACAAUUCGGACCGUACCACGAGCCCGAAUUAUGGCGUCGGUGAGCAGGACGAGUUUCGGAACGUGUGGGGAAGGUGA